CAGAUACCAAUGCAUAUUUUCUCGAAAUAUUGCAUAGUGCUCAUCACUAUCGCGGCUUGUGCCUCACUUGUUCUAUUCCGUUCAGCUUUCUCCAUGAUGGCCGACCGAAAGUCGAUCACUUAUACAUUUGAGCUGAUGGAUGACUACAAAGAAUCCAAUCAGACGGUGACCGACAUCGUCAAGGAAGAUACGGGUGCAGAGCAUUGGAAGAGUACUCGCACCAUGAUCCCUACGUGUUAUCCCCCACCUAUGACCCUACAGGCCAUCGACAAAUUGAAGGAAAUCAAAGGCGUGGUUGUUGAAGAUCUGACAGAGGAGUUGUGA